AUGAGAAAGAACUGUUUUCACAAGGAAACAACCCUUCCUCUGCUUCUUUCUCUUUCUUCCUGUUUGUCUUUCUUUCCUAUCGUGACAAUUCCCGUCGUUCGGUCGCGCAGGGGGCGAGCUGCGGGGCUCGCCCUCUCGUUGGUCGUUGGUCGACCUUUGUAUUCCUUCCACGCUCGGAAAGAAACAAAAACACUCAAAGGCUGUAGUGAUGCAUCUCCCGCUGGUCCUCCAUCCGACUUUGGAAGAGAAAGGGAAGAAUCCGACAAAGAUCCGACCACCGAAGGGGAUAUGGGCAAGCUUAAUGAAGGAAGCGGAGAGAGAGAGAGAGAGAGACAGCCAACUCAGCUACCAAAGAGCUCUGACCGCCCCUCCAUUAACCAAGGAAGACUUUUCUUUCUCGUCAUGGUGUAUCUGACUUUUGGGCUGCAACUAACACCACUCCGUACACCGCACUCCGUACCCAAACCACCGCCUUGCUUUAUGACACAACCGCCCGCUACUACUACCCAUUACUUCCCUGGUUUCUAUUUCCCGUCGUUGACCCCCCCGCGAGAUAGCUCAGAGCCCAUAGGUAGCUUCAAGCUGGGGCGACACACAAUCCUCAAUUGGGCUCCAUGGGAUAGGACAGCGCGGCAGCUGGAUCAUGGAUGGGGACCCCUCUUGCAUGCCUCUGGCAAGUCAGAGCCGGCCAAGUCGCAUUCAAGGCUGUCAAGCCGGAGCGUGUUUCCACACCGCAUGGUCGUAUGGACCCGUCUCCCCGCGAGCGAGACGGGAGUUUCUACUGAAAAGAAUCUGGAGGCGGUGGGAGAAAGCAAAGGCUGGAAGCUCUCGGUACCUAACGAUGGCGACCCAAGCGGCAGACCCCCAAGGAAACCCCCAGAUGGCAAGAAUGACACUAAUGUGAAGAAGAAGCAGCCAUCGCCCGCUAAAUCCCCAACCGCGCCACGCCCUUCGAUGCCUGCGGCUUUUGUUGGUGUCUCAAGGCAAGCUCAGAUAUUGCCAGGCCCACGGUUCGCUCGCCAAUGCGCCAUCACCCUCACGUCCAUCCAUACCUACCUUGCGACGAUCAACCUCCCGAGGCAGUUAGGAACAUAUUCCUGCGUAGGCUCGAGGAAGAAGAUCCGGGUCGGAGCUUCAAGCCUUGCAGCCCUCAGGUUGUAUUCCGUGGCGCUGAUUCUGGGAGUCCAAGGUAGAGUCACAGUUACCUACCCAAACGGCACAGCUUGUGGUAAUCACCACAAGCGCUUCACCAACUUGGAAGCUGCGAGCUACCUCGCCUUAGGUAAUCCUGGAAUGGAAGGGAAUGAGACACCUCUGGAAGAAUCUGGAGCCCGAGACAAUACGUAUCAUCUAACAGCACCUCAAUCUUUCCUUCUUAGAAUGCAAAAGAGUCCAAUCGCAACAUCUCUUCUACUUGCUUCUUCCCUUACCGUCUCUCCCGCCCGCCGUCAGACUGUCUUGUCUCGCCGUGCCGCCGCCGGAGUCUCAAUGACAGUUACAAACUUGGAACCCCAACUCUUUCGGCGUCCACAUGAUGAUCAAAACAUGAACAAAUCGUUUGCUUCGAAGGGUCAGGUUCCUCGCUCGCCCGCUCGCUCAACCGCGGUCUCCACCCCAUCCCCACAAACUGUUGGAGCCCGCACCUCCCAGGCUCCCAUGCUCGGUGAUCAUCACGAAAUCUCGUCGAGCCCACUCGGGCCUGAGGCCAGGUCCUUGACUCAGGGUCUCGCAUCAUCUACCAUCCAUGAUUCAACUUCAACGCGGCGCAAGGUGAAGAAGCUCAGAAAUGUAAGCAAAUUGAUCCGUCAAUCACUCGCAGCAUCGGGGCCCAUCCCAUUCGGACGGAUACACUUCUCCCCUGCAGACGCCUACCUCACCUCUUCCUUCUACUGCGUAAAGCGUGUACUGCUGACAAUACCUUACCUUCUUCACCUUCCCCUGACCUUGCACUUUGUUCGCACCAACGAUCCUUUUCAUGAAAGUUCCUUUCCAGCAUCCGAACCAGAGCGCUACCAACGUCAUCUCCCGCUGCCGCUCAUCAAGUCGUUGCACCAAUGCAGCCCUCUCGAACUCAGAUUCCCAGACUCCUCCUAUCCGCGGACAGUGAAUGAAUGCUCGAGGCUCAAUGGAAGGCUCAAGCACUCGUCAAUCUCGCCUCGUCUCAUAUGCUUCAAACAGACCCGUCUGUCGUCGUUGUUCAUGUCGUCUAUCGGAAUGAUGGACACGCACUCCAGCAGCGAGACGAGACAGAUGCAGGCUCGCCCGCUCAUCCAACGCACGCUACAUGCCGUGAUUGCUCUUGCUACUGCUGCUGCUGCUGCUGCAGCCGCCGCCGCAGUUCCAUCACAUCUCAUCCCUCACUCCCGCCAAGUCACUUGGCGCCCCGAAGGAAUCCAAGAAUUCAAGGACAAGUCUCAAGAGACACUCCCCCCCUCCUGCUCGAGAACGAAAUGGGCGAACCGUUCUUCCCGGGGAUUGGGCAAACAGCGUUUUAAACCCCGCCACUCUCACCAGAUGCCUGCUGUUGCUGUCCUGGUUGCUGUUGGCCGUUGUAACUUGUUCAAGUUGUUCCUACGGGUACUGCUGUUGAUGUUGCUGCUACAUGAUGCCCCCUACCUUACCUUACGGAUACCUUGGCUUGACUACCCGUAUUACCCUGCUCUUACGGAUCACCCAGAGCAGAUAUGGUACCUUUUCUCAACGCACCUUUAA